GAAACGCAAAAGUAAACAUGAUGACCAAAGUUCAUAUUAGACGUUGAAAAUUCAUAAAUCUUGUCUUUUUGACUAGUUUUAUAGGUUUUGUAAGAUAUGAAUGUAAGCUUGUCAUCUUAAUCAUAAGACAGAUAAGUGGCAAUAACAUUAGAAAUGGCUAAAUGGCUGAAAUCAUUCCUUAUUGGUGCAUUGACAGCUGUAAUAUUUGAGAUGCUUUUGUCCAGCUGUAGUGCCAGUAAAUGCACCAAUGUACACAGUCGCAACGAUAUUAAAGAGGUGGUGAAGAAGGAGCCAUGUAUUCAGCAGUACACAGCCAGAUGUGGAUGGUUAAGCCUUAACUACUGCACUUUUUACCACACUACUUACUGUGAUAAGAAAGUAAACCAAACACUCACAACUUACUUCAUUGUGACGGAGUGUUGUGAAGGUUUUUACACAGCCAAGAAUGGUUCCUGUCUACGCAAGCUCCCGGGUGUCCGGUAUGAAAUACCAAAGCCGGAUUCAUCAAAACUCUCCACAGUUGACCCACUAUAUUUGAAGUCCUCGCAAUUACAAAAGCCAUCUACAGAAGAGGAGGAUAAGAUGUCAGGGGGAGUGUACGCCGGAAUUGCCUGUGGCAUAAUUCUUCUACUCACCAUUGUUGUGUUUUCAGUCAUAGCAGUUAAGAAAAAGCGCCGGAAAGAACAUCAGAAACUGAAGGAAAUUGCCAAUAAAGUUUUCUACGUCGGGCGGGACAAAACAGUCAUACAGCCUGUGAACAAACCCGAAUGCUCCACUGCCAAUUAUUCAGACGGUCAUUCUCCUGAUGUGCCGUUCUUAGCAGAAAAUUAUGAAAAGUCACCUGAAUCUGAUAUUUAGUGAUAUUUUGUUUUCUAAUGUUUAUUGUCUUUAUUUUUUAUGUUUAUGUAUAACAUGAAUAAAUGUUCGUGAAAAAAUGCCAGGGUUGUCUCAUUGUUUUUGAGACAGAACCACAAACAUAAAUUGUUAAGUUGAUUUUUUUUGUUUCAUGUAAUAGAUGCAUGUUAUUUCAAUGUACAUGUAUCUUUACUAUUUAUUUUAUGUUGUUAAAGCUGCACUCUCACAGAUUGAACGUUUUGACAACUUUUUUAUUUUUUGUCUUUGAACGAGCCAAUUUUUGUGAAAAUCCAUGGAAUCCAUUUAUAUAAGACUGCUGACCAGAAAAUAGAUCGCAGAUUUUAUAUUUAAGUUCAAAAAUUGAUGUUUUAUGCAUUUUUCUUAAACCGUUAGCUACGGUUUAGGCCAUAAAACAUUAAUUUUCGAAUGGAAAUAUGAAAAUCUACAAUCUGAUUUUUUGUCAGCAAUCUUAUAUCAUUUGUUUGCAGAUAUUAACGCAAAAAUUUACUCUUUCCAAGACAAAAAAUAAUUUUUUUAUAAAAAUGGUAAAUCUGUGCUAGUGCAGCUUUAAGAUGUUGUGUUGUCAUUGGUUUUUGUUUUCAAAUUGUCUGUAAAAUGUUUUACAUUUAUCCAAUUUGUCAAAGCAAACCAUUGAAGUAUUAUUUUGUGUUUUUUUCCUUGAUAAAACUAUCAAAUUUAUUAAUAUCAUUCCAUAAUUCAUACACUUAUUAUUCAUAUUUAAAUGACUUACGGAGCAGACAAUUACUUUAUAUGUAUUUUUUAUCAUUUUAAGGUUGAUAAAUUGAUAAUUAAAAGGGAUGUUUAUUAAAAGCUGUGGGGAUAUUUUAUAUACUUUCAAAUAUAACAAUAACUAAGCAAGGCAAAGCUGUCACAAAAGAUGUUCCAUGUAUGCUGGUGCAUGCGUCAGUUUGUCUGUCUGGACUGAAGCUGUAUCUUGAACACGCAUUAUAGGAUUUUUAAAACACUUGCCAUGAAGGUGCACCAUGAUGAGAUGGUAUGUCAUACACAAACCAAAGUUCAAAGGUUGAAAUGAUCAUCAUCUGGGCUGUUUCUUAAUCAUGCAUUAUAGGAUUUUCAAAACAAAUGCCGUGAAGGUUCAUAAUGAUGGUGAUGUGUAGGUUUAGUGAAAUUUUGGUAACAUGCACUCAUACAGACAGACAGACAGUCACUCCUAUAAACCCCCUUCGAAACUAGGUUUUGUUCUAUGGGUCAGUAGUAAAUAUUACAAAACAUUUUAGCCAGAGUUUGUGAAUCCGAUACUUAACGCAAGUCUUUUUUUGUGUCCACAUUUUAUUUCAUGAGAUUAAUUUUAUAUCUACCAAAAUGUUGUGUACAUGUUAAGCUCAGAUUGUGUUUUUUUAAAUAAAUCAUAUAUUUCAAUAAGUGAUACAUGACAUUUGUUUAACUAUUAAAAUGUAUAUUGAUCUUCAAACGUCUGUGCAGAAUUAGAUUUGAGAACUUUGAUGUUGUCCUGUGAUUAUUGUCCAAUCAGUAAGCUGGAUUUCCAAUAAAAGAAGUGGUGUCUGUUCAUUUAUAAUUGAAAAUCAAAUAGCCUCGACUCUGCCAAUGUAAAAUACAUAGCCUGGCACAACAUCGAACAUAGGAAAUUCAUACGAGUUAUAUCCUAUAUUGAAAUUCAUGUGUUAUUUUGCCAUUGAAAAAAUAACCAAAGGACAUGUGUCUAGUUUAAUGUGUAUUCUUUAAAAACAUUUUUUGGUGUCAACCAAUAUUGUGCCUCUUUAAGCACGAGAAAUGACCACUUAACCAGAGGGACUUACAGCUGAUUUUUGUUGAUACUGGAAAAUAGCUGGGAGUAGGGGUGUCCAUUUAAGUACGAGGGAUUUAUGCCCAUAGCUGGGUUGAGGGGCUUAGACCCCUUUUGAAAUCGUUUCAAAGGUUGAUUUAAUUUGAUUCAUUUUAAGGUACUUCUUUAUGUUUCUCACUGUACUGUGAGACUUCCCUAUCGCGCUUUGUUAAAGCCAUCCGAACCAAAAGCUACAACAUGAAUCAAAAUUUAUAGAUAGACAUAGAUGCUGCUCUCCCCUAACAUGCCAUUGGGUAGAUUGUAUUUUAGCGCAUGAUGUGAAAAGGCAGUGUUGUUUAUUUUAAUAAAUUUGGGGCAGAACUUUGGCCCCAUUCCAAAUGCUUAUGCAGAUAUACAUCAACUUUCUUUUGCAGUUUUGACAAUAAAUUGGCCAAUUUUAUGUUUUAAAACAAAAAUGAACCCCAUAACUGUUUUUGUUUGAAAGAGUUGAUUUACAAACUUAUCACAUUAUUGUAUCUUUUCUUAAAGCACUUUCGUUUAUUUCUAGGCAAAGUUGGAAUUUUCAAUUUGUCAAAAUGAUCCAUUUUUCCCAUACUGAAGUGCCCCGGCCCAAUUCCCUAAAUGGUGAAAAUACACUAUAAGUGCAGUGCUAAAAAUGUUGCUUGAAAACAUAACUGUAAAAUGUAACUUUGGUCAUUAUUUUGAUUUUUCUCAGGGAUAUUUUUGUGGCGUGCAUUGGCGUAUGAAUGAAAUGGUUUGUCGCUUUGAUGUUUCAUAUAACAUGUGUUCAUAUAAUAUUAGUCAUGUAAAAAAAUGUUUCGUAUUAAAUAUUUAAACAAUAAUUACUUCAAAAAACAAUAACUUGUUUGUGAAUGUCAUAUGAAGAAUGAGUCUGCAUUAUAUGAUGGAAGAUUUUUGUUUUGGCUAUAGCAAUAUUGACUUGCUGUUUAUAAUUGCAACAUACAUUCUAAUAAAAUAUUACAAAGCU